AGCUACUCGAGGAUCUACGUUCUAAAAAAUGGAAAUACAAGUGUGACCUAAAAAGAGAUCAUGAACGAGAUAAGAGUAUGAGUUUGAGUCUAAAGAAAUUACAAUUAGUUGUGUGACAAUGGCAUCAGCAAACAAAGACGAGGGCAGGAGCGGAACACGAGUCUUUACGAGGGCGUAUGAUUAAGUAGGUUGUGGUCGGUUGAAGUUCCAAUCAAAAAUGUAUUUGUGCAGCAGAGAAGUGUUCCGGAUUUUCUCGCGUAAAAGUGAAUGUAACUGCAAGUAACAGCAAGCUUGAGAGGAUAACGUUUACAAUCCUAUCUUUCGACCAUCUGAAAGCGUGUCGAGCGAAAGGUGCGACGAGGCAUAGUCUUCUUGUUGUGACUAUUCUAGUAUCAUGAUUAAUCAAGCCCUUUUUUCUGGACCACGAGAGACUCAUGCUCACUUACGCUUAUGUCUUGUGAGAUAGACUAUCUCUCACCUCUGGUCACAUACGCUUCUAACGACAGAGCUGAAAAGUUUCAAUGUUCAACACGUCGAUGGUACAUGAUCCUCUCUGCUUAUGUAUAGGUGUCUUUCCGUCAUUGUGCAUUGAGCUUCGAGGAUCUUUACCUGUUGCUCCUGUUGCAUGUAUGAAAAGUUGUAAAGUUCGAAAGAAUCUUGAGCAAUUUUACAUUUCUUUCACGUAUUGUAUCGAGGACUGAAUCUUUUUCGGUGCUGUGAGUAUUUUUUGGGGGCCUUCAGAUCCAAUAAUUUUUUCCGACUUCUUACUUAGGCUCUAGCCAGCACCGGAUGAUAAAGAUUCUCGAAUACUAAAGCAAGGCACGACUUCUUAUUGUUGCUAAUCUGCCCGGGAGUAAUGUAAAAACUUUGACAGUUAAGUACAAGUAGCCUUUUUUUUUAUUUUCUUAGGUUUUUGACCUUUCUCAGCACCGGCUCGGAUGGAUUCUGUUCUUGCUUUCUUUAGAUGACAGGAUGUGUGCAAUCUUGUUUCAAGUGGUCAUCUAAUUCUAAUCAUCUUCAAAGCUUCAAAGUUAGAUUCUGUUUGGACCAAUUCUUUUUGUAAAAUAUCACAUGCCUCGUUGAAGUGCUUGAUGGUUUGUACUGUGUAAUGCGAGUGUCAAUAUUUUUCCCAAGUCUGUCAAAUCUUUCAGCAUAGCUGUAAGUACAUAUUUCUCUCGACGACAAUACUAAUAUCAGAAUUUUGAUGUUCAGCGUCCUGCUAGUGGAGGACAACGUCAGGAAGACCGUCCACCUAUGAAAUCGCGCGCGCGUUUGUCCCUCGAUUGGCCCUGAAUCUGGCGAAUCGUGACCGUUGUCCUUUAAGUUGUCGGAGUUGUGGCCUAAGUUGUCGGAGUUGUGGCCUGCUAAGUUGUGGAAGUUGUGAGGUAAGUCGUAGGCGGAAGUCUUACGAAGGCGCUGCGCUCUAUUCUUUGGCUGUUCGAAUUUGAACACCAUGAGGCUCCAAAGAAUCGCGUGGGUUCUGUGGUGUUCAAAUUCGAGCAGCCUGAUAGAGGAGUGGGGCUGUUUCGUAUGCCUCCCGUCUGCGCACAACGAACUCGCCGCCUCUACCUCCACAACUUAGGCCACAACUUAGGCCACAACUUAGGCCACAACUUAGGCCACAACUUAGGCCACGACUUAGGCCACAACUUAGGCCACAACUUUCACAGCUUCCACAACUUAGGACACAGCUUCCACAACUUAGGCCACAACUUUCCACAACUUAGCGCACAACUUUCCACAGCUUAGAAAUAAUAAAGCGCGGCUUGUUUCUUUUUACAGGGGUUUGGUCUUUCUUAGAACGAGGGUCUGUCUAUUAUUUAACUAGUUCGUCUUUUUUACCGAUUAUAUAUACAACAGAUUUUUGUUUCCACCUUCUUUCUGCGAUUAUCAUUCUACGAAAUUACCAAAUAGAGCAUAGACAGGGUCGGUGUCUUUCUAGUCUGCCCUGUCUGUGAUGAACCUUUGACCCAUUGGGUAGAGGAUCGGACCCAGCGUAUGAGAAGUUUGUGUAGUAAACAGUGGCUCGUUUGUUUGAUGUGAUAAAGGCAUCGACAUCAAAAUCAAAAAUAAAUCUUCAAAGAUUGAUGUGUUCGCGUUUUUGCAUUUUGCGCGUGUGAGCAAAGCCGGACUCUCCUCCAUCUCCUGUGGUCUGCAGAUUUCCAUCGUGUAAAGUAUUGCACGACGACAGGAGGCAGCUGCAACCAAGUAAGCGUACAGCGAAUUACUACGAAGAAGUCGCAAGAAAUCAGUUGCAGGCAAAAUGACGCCCGUUACAACAACGGACGCGAAGAAAGCACCACCAGGAAAAAAGAUAGAGCGUAGUGGAUGUGAGCCUGUUGUGAGCGGCAUGGCGUGCCGCAUGCCGCAAUCGCCUACCACAGCCGCAUUCUGGGAAAACCUAAUGCAGAGUCGCAACAUGGUGUUAUGGCUGAAACGCUUUUAGAUACCCUAAAAACGAAGACUAAAAAAGACAGGAGGACAGCUUGCUAAUUUUUAACUUCUUCUAUACUCCAUGAUUGGGCAUCGACUUCUUUCAUACCUCUAGACUGGGCACUUCUACCACUACUAGGCCUACUGCGACUACUACUAGGCUACUGCUGCUGCUACUACCGCUACUGCUACCACUCACCACUUUGAGGGUAGUCAUAGUCUGGCACUAAGAAAAAGCAUGUAUUCUUGAUACAUAAUUACACUGCGAACAUUUCUUUGGAGAAACCUGGAAAAGCAACAAAAACCGUUUUCACAAGCACCGAAGUAUUGAUACUUACACAUCCCAUAGAUGAUAACGAACCAUAUGAUAGUAUUGAUACUUACAUCCCAUAGAUGAUAACCAUAUGAUAACGUUUUCUAAUCGUAACAGUGGACGAUGACCACUGGGAGUCCGGUUUUCACGGGCAGCUGCCGCUCGGAAAGGGAUGUGUUUUAAAUCAGGAAAAGUUUGACAACUUUUUCUUCAACAUGAGCGGAUCGCAGGCGGAGAAGACGGACCCCCAGCUACGUUUCAUGCUCGAGCUGUCCUACGAGGCUUUUGUGGACUCGAAUCUGGACAUUCAGAAGCUGAAGGGAAGCAACUGCGGCGUCUUUGUGGGCUGCUGCUUCUCGGAUUGCCACAAGGCCUGGCUGGCGGAAAUCCCGAAGGUGACCGGGUACGAAAACACAGGCUGUGCGCACUCCAUGUUUGCAAACCGACUCAGUUUCUUCUACGAUUUUCACGGUCCGAGUUUUGUGGUCGAUACAGCGUGUUCCUCCUCGCUUGUUGCCCUCUCGCAGGCCGUGCGGGCGCUGGAGAACGGCGAGUGUGACGUCGCUCUGGUCGGUGGCGCCUCGAUUACGCUCCACCCUGGUGUUUCGGUGGCUUUCAACCGAUUGCACAUGCUCAGUGCGGAUUCGGCCUGCAUGUCCUUUUCCAAGAACGGGAACGGCUACGCGCGCUCGGAGGGCGUCGCUUGCCUUGUUCUUUAUCGCCCGGACAAGGUGCACAAGUACAUGAAAGACGAGGCCGUUGUCGCAGUGAAAGAGAUGAAGACCAACGUGCAGCCGAACAGCUACUUCUCCGUGCUGGGCGUAGGAGUGAACUCCGACGGAUUCACGCAGAAGGGAAUCACUUUCCCCAACGGUGACGCUCAAUACACGCUCUACAAAGAGGUGUGUGCGAAAGCCAACGUAGCGCCUGAAGACAUCUUCUAUAUUGAGGCCCACGGGACAGGUACCGCGGCAGGCGACGGUCAGGAGCUCGAGGCUUUGCGACGGGCAUACCUGGAGCCUCGUGGCAGCGCGGUGCCCAUCACCCCGCUGCUGCUGGGCAGUGUGAAGAGCAACAUGGGCCACGCCGAGGGCGCGAGCGCGAUGGCAGGUCUACUGAAACUUUGUCUCUCGUGGACCAACAACGUGAUCCCGGCAGACCUGCACUACACCUGGGAGGACCGCAACAAAGGGUGCGAGGGGAUGCUCGGCGACCAGAAGAAAUGCAUGGUGGUGGAGAAGCACUACGAUAUGGCGUCCAAGAGCGGGGUGCCUGCGAACGGCAAGAAAGUAGCUAUUUCGAGCUUCGGUUUCGGGGGCACGAAUGCGCACGCUGUGCUAGAGUCCAACGUCUCACAAUCUGUUGUCAACGGCGAAAAGUUCUUGCGCAGCGGCGCAGAUCAACAUGAGGAUAAGAAAACCGAAGCAGGUGGUGCUGAUGAUGGUAAUUCGGCUGCCUCUUAUGCCAACGAAGAAGAGAAAUGGCGUCUCAUUACGCCGGUCUUCGGUCGCACCGGCGACACGGUGCACAACUGCCUAGAGAAGUUGGGAAGCAAAAAUGUUGUUUUCGACACCUUGGUCGGUCCGCCGUCCGUACACGAUCACCUGAAGGAGUUUCCGGCACUUGGUUACCGCACGGCGGGCGGCGACAUUGUGACGACCGAUGACCCCGCGCCCUACAUCGUAGACGAAGCUGCUUGUUCGAGCGAGGCCAAAACGGAGGGAAAGCGUUCCGUGUGGUUGUGUUUUUCGGGCAAUGGUGGCAUGUGGCCGCUGAUGGGGAAAGAGCUCUACGACACCUCGGCCAUCUACAAGCGCACGUUCGAUCGUUGCGCCCAGUACUUGAAGGAAAAGUAUGGAUACGACAAACUUUUCCAGUUUCUGACGGAAGCAGAUCCCGCGAAGUACUCUGCUAAGGAAGGCGUCUGCGGUUUAGCCGCUAUCCAGAUCGCCAUGGUGGACAUGCUAAAAUUUGCUGGUGUUGAAUGGGAGGGCAUGUUCGGACACUCAGCGGGCGAAACAGCAAUGGGGUACUCUUACUUAUUAAAUACUUCUUUCAGUGCGUAAUGGUAAUCUAUUGAUGGUAUUCAUGCAUAAGUCUACGUAAGAGCAAAACCACUACGAACAAUUUAGAAGUGAAGAUGAAGUAGAUCGAGAUCGUGGUAAGUUGUACGUAUAUAUAUAAUAUACAUACAUUUCAGACUUCUAAAAUUUCGUUUCGAAUGUGCAGGUACGCUGAUGGCUGCUUGACGCUUGAGGAGACCAUGUCUGUCGCUUACUUUCGAAGUUUGUGCGGUGCUUCUACGGUUGACCCGAAUAAUCCAGGUGGAAUGUACGCGUGCGGAGUUUCCCGUGACAAAAUGGAAGAAAUGCUUCAUGCCUACAAUUGCACAAAUCUGACACAGGUAUAAUUCGCUUUUAAUGUUACUGCAUUGGGCAGGUUAUCUUCAUUACAUGUUUUUGAUCCUCAAAGUUAGACCACCAUGACAUUCACAACGUCACCAGAUUCCGCUCGUGGAUCUGUCGCACAUUCACAUGCUUGCAAAGAAGUGACUAGCUGCAACGAAGUUUUUUUCAACACGUACACGCCUAUCAUGAACCCGCUCCAGGUUGGUUGCGACAAUGAUCCUAGCUUGGUGACCCUCUCCGGUUCAGAGAAGGAAAUGAAGCCUAUCACCGUCGAGCUGCAGAGCAAAAAGAUCCUCUGCCGCAAGGUUCCCACGUUCGGAAUCGCGUAUCAUUCUGCUAUGCUCGAGCCUGGACUCGCGAAACUGCGUGAACAGCUUGAAGCUACUAUCGAUAAUGCGGUGGAUCCGGCCACGGGCAAGAAGGUAAUUUUCAUACUCCUGCGACGCACAAACAAUUCCAAAUUUCGUACAAGGCAAACCAGAAGGAUAGGUUGUUGUAGAAGUUGUACAAGGAGAUGUACAUGAAACCUUCCGUCUCCGUGAUUCCAUUUAUUCCAUUUCAUCUCCCAUGAUUCGUUAUCUCCUUCGACGUACUCAGAUUCCCAUGGAGAAGCGGCGGCGAUCCCCUAAGUGGCUUUCUACGUGCUACAAUGACGAUGAGCUUACCGGACCAGAGAACAAGGACCAUCCAGGCAAGUUCGUGUCCGCCGAGUACCAUUGCUACAACUUCCGCAAUACGGUAGAAUUUUACCGUGCCGUAAAGUCUCGCGUUCCGAACAAUGCCGUGAUUGUCGAGAUUGGUCCGUCUGGACUCUUCCGAAGCAGCAUCAAGAAGAUUGCGGCUACCGAAAAGCGAACGCUCCACUACGUGAACCUGAUGUCGCGAGACAAGAACUGCCUGCACAUCUUCCAACAAGGCUUCGGACAGCUCUUCUUCCACGGCGCUAUUCCCAGUCUGAAGUAUUUUCAGAAAGACGACAGCAAAAAGUUCAAGUUGAGAGACGGGGAGACAAGGAAGGGAAAUUGCGCACCGCGCGACAUCCCGGAGAUUGCGCGCGACCUGGAGCUACGACAGGCCUUCAUCCAGUGGGACCACGGAAACAUCUAUCCGAUGCCUGUGGUCGCGGACAUGGUGAAGAAGACCGGCGCGCCCGGGGAAGAAAUGAUGAGCCAAAUGGGCGGAGACGAGUGGAAGAAUGUGCAUGUGGUCGAUUUCGACUUCUCGGCAGAUGGCCCCGACCACUUCAUGCUGGACCACGUGAUCGACCAGGCCGUCUUGCUCCCCGCGUGUGGAUAUCUGUACGCCGCUUGGGUGGCGUUCGCCAACGUCUUGCGUAAGCGUGGCGCCAUCGAGGAGUUAAAUGACGCUCGCGACGUUGUCCUGAGCGACUUCAAGAUUCAUCAGGGUGUGCGCUUGGACGAGAGCAACCGACAAAUGAAGCUCACUGUCAAAUUUGCGAGCGAAACCGAGAACAGCGCUUCAGGAAGCGGCGCGAGCGAGUUCAAAAUUUUGUCGGGAGACGAACGAAUUGUUACCGGAAAGAUCAAGCUCUCUAAGGACAACUCUGCGGGUAACACCGUCUCUGUAGUAGCACCUGAAACUGAUACCUUCGGUCAUCCAUUUGGCGCAGUCUCAGCGCGUGAGUUUUACAAUCGCAUUGCAAGAAACGGGUACUACGUCUAGAUUUGAGCUCUUAUCGUUAUCUGUUGUUGAAGAAGAUGAUGAAAUUGCUUGCGACUCUGCAAGAUACAUAUUGUUUUUUGUCUUAGAAGAGAAAGAGUUUCUUGAAUUCUAAGGCCAAUGAAAUUGCUAGUGCGUCUACUUAGAAACUUUAGAAGAAGUGCUUAUCGUUUUAGGUUGAAUUAGCUUGCUUCUUACAUCACUCAACAUAAGUAAGUAGAUUAUCAAUUGCAUAGCAACGCGGGUUUGAAUAAUCAAUACUCGUUCAUUCUUCUCGGCAGGUACAACUACGAGGAUGCCUUUCAGCUUGUUGAGAAUGUGGGCAUUGAUGAUAGCUGGGCAUGGGUGCGCUUUGACCAAGCUGGAGAGCUUCUUCAUUCGCGAAAGGAUGGUUUGGGCGAGUCCCAGCAGAAUGUGGCAGAGACCGGCCAACUUGGCGGUCCGAAAACCACUGGCUUCUAUGUGCAGGACGAACUUAUUUUCAACCGCUACUGGAUCUCCUUUCUCGAUAAUCUGUUACAAGUUUCAUUGUUGAAGAACUUGAACGACAGCGAGACUCUGCGGGUCCCUACGGAAAUCCGCGAAGUAGUGGUAUUCUUGCGUUUUAUGUCAUCUGCCUUCCUCGGUGUUAAACUUAAAUUCUCGUUGGGUGUAAGCAAUGUUAAAUGAUAUCAAGAAUCAAUUUCAAAAUCUAAGAAGUAGAUUUGGUAGGUUGCAUCAGAGGCAGAUAACAUAGACAAAAAGUUUGCGACUAGAAUUCUGCAGUCGUCUUUUUUUUUCUCUUCAAAUUUAAGAAGUUUUGAAUCUUCACUUACCUUCAACUCAAACGCGAAACUGCAGAUUCGUGGGUCUUCGUUUGGCGCUUUUUUGAAGAAGAUGAACGAAGGAUCCAUAGGUAUGCGAGCGAUCGACUCGACCGACUCCGUUGGGUCUCGGGCGAGCUCUCUUGAUGCUCCGGAAGAGAUAAAAGAGGAGGAGCGCAAAAGCUACAUGGUUGAGGCACAACAUCAAUCGGGAACGCAGCUGGUAAAGAUCUUACCCUUCGAGGAGGUCGUGUGUUGCGACAUCGCGGACAUCGUGGGUCUUAAGACGAGCAUCAUGGCUCGCAGCACGAAGCCAAAGGAGCGACGCGUAAUGCACGUGGCGUCGAAGCGCGUGUGGCCACUGCAAAGCUCCGCAGCAGCGGGCCAGACAGGUUCUACGAUCCAGGUACGCAAGGCGAAGUCAGCGCUUUCUGUCAUCAUGUCUUACGUGAAGGAACAGUUUGUUGGUGGAACCUUUACGGUAUUGGACCUCUUUCCCGCGGGUGUGGAUGACUUGACGCAGAGUGUGAUCGAGACUCCGAACGUGGAGCUUUUUUCGUGCUUCUUCGGUCGCGAUAUUAUGGACACUGCGAAAGCGGACUACCAGAGCAAGACAGACGGCGUCUGCAACGAGUUUAAAGAGGGCCAGCGCUUCGAUGUUGUGUUGCUGCAUACGCCGACCUCUGCAGAGAUGGCAGGCGAGGGUAUUGAUCCAGUCGAGUGGGCAAAAACACUAGGAGGCGUGCUCCAACAGGAAAGUGCGAAGACAGACGAAUACCAACCGGCGUUUGUGGUAGUGGUUUCGGACCUCGCCCGUCCGGGCGUGGUGGCAUCUAAAGGCGCAGGUGAGGUAAUGCCAUCUGUGCUCAAAGCUGCCAAAGUGGAUGGAACGCCACUCCUUCGCGCCGCCGCGUUCGAAGCCGGUGUCGAGUUCAAACUCUACAAGACAACACCCCCCGUGCCAGGUCAAAAAAGGCUCGUACUCGAGUUUUCUGGUGCUGAUGGUCUUUUGGGAGCGCCAGCAACCGAGCCAGACUUCUUCAAAACUGCGAAAACGUUGUUCAUGCGCCUUGGCGACGACUGCUUCGAGACGAAGAACAUCACGAAACUGAGUAAGUUGCUGACGGAAAUAAUGGACUCUGAGACUCAAACCUAUCCGAAUCUUCAGAAGUUAUUCCUGUUGGCUUCCGCAGACGGGUUUCCUGGGUUCCUCAAAUGUGUGCAGCGGGAACCGAGCUUCGGAAAGAUCCGCGGCGUGCACUUGGUGUCGUCGUCUCGAGUCGGCUGGACAGCAGAAACUUCGGUCGCCAUCGCCAAUGCGAUUCCUGCUAUUGCCAACGCGGAUGCACGACUCGCAAAGCUGGACGUCAAGCGCGGCGACCUGAGCGUGGAGCUCAGUUUCUACGACGCGCAGGACCUUCCGCAGCGAUUCCCGGCGCCGUUCGGCCGCUUCCUCACCUUCCCGCAGCCCGGGAACCUGGAGGCCUUUGCCUGGAAAGCGCACCCACACUUCUCGAUGCUUUCUCUCGGCGACGACGCAUUCGAGGCAAGCACGAAACCACCUGGUGCGAUUCUUCUGCCGCCGCCGCGCAACCAGAUGGACACAGUGAAGGAGCCGCCUUGUGGAUUCGUGCGAGGGCAGCGACGAACCGAUGAGAGUAGCAAUGUUGUGGAUGUUGCUAAGGGUCCGUACCAAACUACCUCGCAAAAACGAAACCAGGUUGCUCUUCUCCGCGCCGAGGGAAAGCGCGCCAGUGCGGGAUCCUUUUUCGGCAGUCUUUUCGGAGCUGGCAAGGAUAAGAACGGCGCAAGUAAUGGUAAGACCGCAGCGAUGGCCGGUGCGGUCCUCGCUACAAUCCGCGAAUUGACCGCAUCUCAGGAGGGCGCAGCUGCCGCCGACGAAGCGCUGUCGAGAUUUUGCCGUGAUGGGUACAUGGCUGCGCUAAGCAACAACGCGAAGGCGUCCUUGGUUGCGUACAACGCGGCCAUCGAGAACGUGAAAUCCGCUUCCGGUGGAAACCCGCUUCGCGAUGUGGACGUAUGCUACGCGGCGCUUAACUUUCGAGAUGUUAUGCUGGCGUACAACAAGAUUGACAAGGAUGCCAUCGUGGGGCACAGCAAGAUGGGCGACGGUUUUGGCCUUGAGUUUGCUGGCUACUACACGCUAACCGGCUCGGAAGCCAAGCAGCACGUUGCUGCCGUCGCCGCAGCCGGCGGCGACCUCUGGUAUGGCAGUUCUUCAGGUGGUGGACCAGCGGGACGUGAGCACGACGUCAAUGACCUGAGCAACCCGGUGUCGCCUUCGGCGCCACAGCGAAAAGUUAUCGGUCUCACCUACAAUAGUCUCGCCACAAAAGUCACAGUCCCGGCUAACCUUGUGUGGGAGCUGAAGCCGUCGCAGUGCCUCCGCGACUUCGCCACGGUACCCUGCGUGUACGCGACGUGCUACUACUCGCUGCUGGUCCGUGGCGGGUUCACUCCGAACACCUCGGUGCUGAUUCACGCGGGAGCUGGUGGAGUUGGGCAAGCUGCACUGUACAUCUGUCUGAAGCGGACCGCCGAUCCCCGUUUGGUCUUUACCACCUGCUCUUCGAAGAAGCGUCAGUAUCUCUUGGAGAAGUUCGGAAACCUUGGACUCCGAGAGGAGAACAUCGGAAACUCUCGUGAUUGCAGCUUCGAGGCGCUGGUGAUGCGCAACACUCACGGCCGUGGUGUUGACAUUUGCUUGAACUCUCUCUCUGACGAAAAGUUGAUGGCUUCGGUACGUUGUGUGGCGCCCUUCGGCCGCUUCUGCGAAAUCGGCAAGUACGACUUGAUGCAAAACACUGGGUUGGGCAUGCACUGCUUCUUGAAGAACGUGUCCUUCAUGGGUAUCGAUCUUGACCAGAUCCUGAACCAGCCUCGCGAGUGGACUGCCGUGCACAGACUCGUGCAGGAGGGUCUCGACUCGGGCGAGGUUGAGCCGCUCGAUGUCGGAGGUUGCUUCAAGGCAACGCAAAUCACCGAGGCCUUCCGAUUUAUGGGCGCGGGUACGCACGUCGGCAAGGUGCUGCUGGAUUUCAUCCAAGACAGCGACCACGGACGAGCGGCGGUCCCCAACACUGAGACGACGGCUUCAGCAACCGCCCUUCAAGCAGAACGGCUGAGGAAGUUGACGCAGGGUACCGCAUUUGGCAACGGUUCCCUGAGUACAUUGAGCACCGCCGCGAACACGGUGCCAUCAGGUACUUCUAAUUCUGGCGUCGCCCCCUCCGAAGCUGGCUCGUACGUCUUCCUGCCGCCAGGGCGCGCGGAUGUGCUGAGCGUGGGAGACAGCGUAUCGAUGUACGAAUCGCGCUCUACCAGCACAGAUAGCACCGUUCCGUCUUCGCAGGAGGAAGUUGCGGAUGUCCCCAACUUCACUCCCAAAAACCCUGUCACGGACUACUACCUCAUCAUCGGAGGCAUGGGCGGUUUUGGUCUCGAACUGGCGGAGUUCUUGGCGUCCAAAGGCGUGAAGAAUCUGAUUCUCUCAAGUCGCGGCCCCCUUCGUUCCGGCUUGCAAGCCAAGUACCUGCUACGCAUCGCGCGCACCUACGGUUGUAACGUCUCCCUCACGACUCUGGAUUUUACGGACCGAAAAGUGGUUGCGAAGUUUCUCGCCGAGAACCGAAAUAUCACGGGGUUCUUCAACUUGGGAAUGGUUUUGGCUGAUGGCGUCUUCUCGAAAAUGCAGGGAGGCCAGUGGGAAACGCCUGCGUUGGCCAAGGGGGUUAUUUCUGAGAACUUUCAUGCAGUCUCGGAAGAGAUUCUCUUGAAAGAGCGCGAGGGCAGUCAGCAGCAGUCUGGCUCCGAUGAGAAGAGUCAACAAGCGCCCGCUGGCGCAGAUACUUCUAGUCCCGUAUGGACCUUUUUCGAUCAUUUCGUCGUCUUUUCCUCGGUGUCCGCAGGUCUAGGCAAUGCUGGGCAGACGAACUACGGCUUCGCAAACAGUGCGUUGGACGCUUUGGUUCGGCGCCGAAACGCUCUGGGGCGUCCCGCGCUCUCGGUACAGUGGGGGGCGAUCGGCGACGUCGGUGUUUUGUCCAGAGCAAGCGCGAAAAAGAGCGGUCUCGUAGAGGCCAUUCUGCCACAGGAAAUCGCAAGCUGCCUGGUGGAAUUGGAGAAGCUGAUGGCACUGCACCAGACAGGCGUGGUAACCGUGUACGUCACACCGAAGCGCUUGCGUGACGAUGCGGCCGACGGCGCGGACAACAGUAUUCCGCUGAUAGACAAGAUACUCGAGAUUGUGGGCGCGAAAAAUGGCGCGAAGGACACGAGUACCUUAGAGCAGCUCGGGGCGGACUCGUUGCAGAGCAUGGAGAUACAAUCCCUGAUCAAGAUGCGCACCGGUGAAAAAAUACCCAUGGAUAAACUGAGCAAGAUGAACGUCAAGGCACUUCGGGAACUGGAACAGUAG